AUGGAAAUUUGCUAAUUCUAUGUGAUUGUGAGAUAGGAAUUCUAAUUAAAAUAAGCCCAAGUCUAUGUUUAUUAUUUUUUACCUAAAUGACAUACAAGCAUUUUGAGGAUGGUAAAAAACAUAAAAAUAAAAGAGACAUAAACGAGAAGCAAGUAGUAGGGGCCUCUCUUCUCCUCUCCUCACAUGAAGUUGGAAGUUUUUGCUUACUUAUUCACAAAGCUACUCUGUCCUCCAUUCAUUCAUUGAUUUUGAGCCAGUGAUCACCGAUGUACUGCUACUGACACCUACAAUUAUUUCUCCUCUUGCUCAUCUCUACUCAUUUGUAUUUCUGCCCUUCCUUUUUCUUUAUUUUUCAUUUUCAACCUCACCCAACGUGACAUGUCUUCCUAUUCAAUGACAGUUUCCCAUGUCAUGCCAACGUCUGUUUUCUACCAUCCUUUCGCUGCAAAUUUCACAACUUGGCUUCCGAUUGAGACAAUCUUAUACUAAUUUAUUUAUGGUUAAAAAAAUCAACUUCGUAGGGCUAAUUAUAGAAGUGAAAUAAUCCAUUUACACAUGCACGUCCCUGAUUGAAUGCAAUACUCUCACGUGUACGCCACGUCCCCUUCUCGUCUUUUUAUCACCGCUAUGCAGCUUAGAAACUAAUGCUAAUCCUCUCUUGCUUUUUCUUUUCCUCUCAGUAUCUCUGAAACAAAAGACACCAAAAUCUCUUUCCUUCCUUCCUUCCUUCCUUCCAUCUCUUACACUUGCCCAUCACUUUCUUCCUUUCUUUCUUUCUUUCUUCCCCUUUUUUUUGCCUACCUUCUUCAUCUCUUUAGACUGAAUCUUUGAUUGGCCGUUGCUUUUCUCCUUUGAGCAAUUCAAGGCAACAAGUUUGGACUUGCCUAAAAGAGUAUACUCAGAUGGGUCUUCAAUAUUGCAUUAUGGUCCUACUUCUAUCAUCUUUGCCCCCAGUUCUCUCCUCGUCACACACAUUUUGAAUUCCAUAUCUUUUUCGUUUUCAAAUCUUCUAAAUCUUGAAUUUUGGGCCAGCACCAAUAUCACUGCUACUACUCAUUUCUGGAUUCUCUUUCCAAUUUCCAAAUCUUCCAAAUCUUCACAAAAAAUCUUGAAACCGCAAACUGAUGUUAUCUUUUGUUCACAUGCAAUGCCAGGGAAGAUGAUCAUCUAUGUAUGAAUCUCAUGCAUCAGUCUCCCGUUGCAACUCCAUAUUUCUUGCAAAUCUUUCAUAGUCUUGUAAUAACAAGAAUGAUGAUCAGAUAGGAUAUAUGCACUAGGCCUUGACCUUUUGGUGAAUUUCAAUUAUUUGUCAACACUGGACACAGGGUCGUUAACAGCUGCACAUAUGGAGGCAAAAAGCAGAGAGCACUGCAAGAUCAGAAAGCGAGGAAAUUCAUCGUCUUCCUCAUCCUCACUGAUCCAAAAGUACAGAUUCAAGCGAGCAAUUCUGGUUGGGAAGAGAGGUGGGUCUACUACUCCUGUCCCAACGUGGAAAAAAUCUCCAACUUUAUCAAUGCCAAACGCAGAAUCCACCAAUUGUCCACCCUCUCAGUCUGGUGCCAAAGCCAAAGAACCUUCUGUUUCUGCAAGAAAAUUGGCUGCCACUUUGUGGGAGAUCAAUAACAUGCCUUCACCGCGAGUCAGAAAGGAUUUAGAAACGGUAACAGAUAAUAUUAAAGAGCUCAGAAGCAGAGAAAAAGUUGCAAAGUUUCCGCAUCUGUCAGAUCCAUCUUACACUCCGAUUUCAGAGAAGAUGGAUCGAUCUAGAAGAAAUGGUCAUAGGAGAAGGGCAUCAGUUGUUAGAAAGAAAGUUGAGGUGACUGAUUAUAAUGCGGGAGGCUUGGACUCUGUUAGUAAUGCAAGUUUGAUGGAGAUUGAAACUCAUAGCAAAGGUAUAAUUGGAAUUAAAACCCGUUUGAAGGAUGUAAGCAAUGGCUUGAUCACUUCCAAAGAGCUUGUGAAAGUUCUGAAACGUAUUUUGGGUCUUGAUGAGCAACAUUCUUCAGGCAUGUCCCUUGUCUCAGCACUUCGUGUUGAGCUUGAUCGAGCCCGUCUCCAGGUCGAUCAACUGAUCAAAGAACAGCGCUGUAACCGCAAUGAGAUUGAUUUCCUUUUGAAGCAGUUUGAAGAAGAAAAGGCAGCUUGGAAAAGCAAAGAGCGAGAUAGGAUUCGUAAUGCCAUAGCCUGCAUUGCAGAAGAGCUUGAAGUAGAGAAGAAAUUAAGAAGACAGACAGAGAGGUUGAAUAAGAAGCUUGGAAAAGAAUUAGCAGCUACAAAGGCAUCUCUGUCCCAGGCUUUGAAAGAGCUUGACAGUGAGAAAAGGGCAAAGGAGAUACUGGAGCAAGUCUGCGAUGAGUUGGCUAGAGGUAUUGGAGAAGAUAGAGCUGAGGUUGAAGAAUUGAAAAGAGAAUCUGCCAAAGUUAGGGAGGAGAUUGAAAAAGAAAGGGAAAUGCUUCAGCUGGUUGAUGUGCUGCGUGAAGAAAGAGUCCAGAUGAAGCUCUCCGAGGCUAAAUAUCAUUUCGAAGAGAAAAAUGCAGCAGUGGAGAGGCUAAGAAAUGAGCUUGAGUCAUACCUCAAAGAAAAAGUACUAGGCAAAGAAAAUGGUCAUGACUCUCCAAAUUAUGAUAGAAUUAAAGAGCUUGAGGCUUAUUUGAAGGAAAUACAAAAUGGGUUACCGCAAAGGACCGAGAAAGUGGAGAGCGAAGGGGUUAUAGAAAAUGGAGAAGUUCAUGAUGGAGAUGAUUCAGCAGACAGUGAUCUUCACUCCAUUGAAUUAAACAUGGACAACAACAGCAAAAGCUACAAGUGGAGUUAUGCUUGUGAUAGUGAUGCUUUCGAUAAUCUGAAGCGGGUCUCAGUAGAUAGAGAUUUCAUGGGGAGAAAGUCUAUCUCAGAGAAUAUUCAAUGGGGAAGCAUCUGUUUGCAAAGAAGAAAUUCCAACAGCAUUGACGUUCCUGAUUGGGAUUUCAUUACUAAAAAUCAGGAAAAAUCAGAUGUGUUUGAUGGGGAGAGAUUAUCUGAAGUUGAUAUCCAUUCUCAGACACAGGAAACUGAAGAUGAAAUCAUGCGAUAUAGAUCACUGAAGAGCCUUGGAGACCACAUUUUAUCCAGUUCUAAAAGACAACCUAUACAAAACUUUGCCAGUCCAGCAAGGCAAUGGGAGCCUUUGCAGGAUGUUGGGAGUGCAGUUUCGGAUGGUUCACCAGUGCUGCAAGGAGAUUCUUUGAAGCCCAGGGUAACGGGAGCGAGAGGCGGACGCCGGACUUUAACAAGUUCAAGACAUUAAAUACUUUGACAUACUACGUUUCCUUUUCCUCAAGAAAUGAUCUCAAUAGCUAAUUCAUUUGUAAAUAUAUAGAAUCAUAUGCAAAAGCUGGCUGUCUGAAUCUUACUUGCCAAGAAGCACUUUAUUUAUGGUGUGUGUGUGUCAGAAUUUUUCUGGUAUGAACUUGUGUUUGGUUCAUUUAGAUGAAACUUGUGAACUCCAUUGACAAUUCCCAAGAUGAUAUGGUUGAGCUGAAAUCCUUAUAAUUCA